AUGGACAUCCCACAGAAAGAGAAUCAAGAAGACUUCGAAGAUGGAGAACUUCCGGAAGACGGAGAGAUCUGUGACGACGAAGACGACGGUGAGCAUCGGUCCGGCUGGAAUUCCCUCCAGACGCCAGCACUUUCAGUAGCCAAACCAGCGCCGUCGAAACCGAUGGAUCAGCCAGCACCAGCGCCAGAACAUCAGAAGCAGCAGCCAGCGGCAGGAGUGAACGGACCGGCGGGGAGAGAUUCGAAAGAAAAGGGAGACAGGAAUAGACGGUUCGAGCGCAACAGCCCGCCGAAGAGGGACCCGGAUCCGUUCGGACCUCACAGCGAUGCGCCGGAAGGCAAUGGUGAAUUGAACAGAAACGGGGACAAGGCGGAUUACGGUAGACUAUUUUCAGACUAUUUCGGAGCCAAUGGAGGCGACAAGGAUUACCGCGGAGUGGGUGGACCUGCUGGGGCAGAAGAAGAGCCGUUCAGUGAUACGGAUUACCGAGUGAACAGAAGAAGACGUCAUUCUCCGCUCAACGACGAUGGAGACUACGACGGACGCUCGAAAAGAUCGUUCUUCGGACGUGGAGCAUUCCGCGGAGGAGCUGGAGGAGGAUUCAGGAACGGACCAAAGCCACGGUUUCAGACGGAACAUCAGAUAUGCAAGUUCUUCCGAGAGGGCUACUGCAGAGACGGCGACAAUUGCUCGUAUUCCCAUCAGGCAGAAGACUCACUCCGACGGCCCGUUCUUUGCAAUUUCUACGCCAACAGCUACUGCAAAAAGGUUCGUUCUCGUUCCGUUCGGUUCCGUUUAACCAGAUUAAUGUCUUCAGGGUCUUCAAUGUCUUAUGCUCCACGGAGAAUUCCCGUGCAAGGACUUCCACAAAGGGCACUGCAAUCAUGAUCAGUGUCGCUUCUCGCACGUCCCGCUCACCGAGUACACUCGUCCGAUAGUGGAUAAGCUGUUGGCGAUCGAUGAGGAGCGUCAGUCUCAUCAGCCGGCCACGUACCGACAGAAUCCGGUGGCGAACGCUGCCGCAGCUGCUGCUGCCGCCAACGUGUCGAGACGAAGAGUUCUUCUUCCUGGUGGUAAGCGUGAUUUCUUAAGGAGCACUUCCCAAAUCAGUGAUAGUUCCAGGCCCGAAUGGCAAUCAAUCGUCUCCCCCACACGCUCCAGUCAUACAUGCUCCAGUCCCUCAACCAGCGCACCACUCCGGAGGACAAUUGCCUCCACCGGCUGUAGUUGUGCCCAUUAGGAAUAGCCUUCCUCCGAUGUACCCACCUGUCGGAUCUGCAGGAUAUUUCAAUACGGGACCACGACCGGAGCAAGUGCAGGGACUUCCACCACCACGGACCAUCGAGCCGCCUCGUCUGAGCACUCACGCACCCAUUCCACACCAGCAGCCGAUGCGUCCGAUGCAUCCGCACGGACAUCAGAUGCCACAUCACCAUCUUCAGCAGCCGGGACUUCCACCGCCGCAGCAAGUGAUACCUGAGCGAAGAGCUCCGUCGCCACCUACAUUCAAUCUGGAGGUUUGUGAAAGAAAUAAGGCAGAACAAGGUUCUUAAUUCAAUUAAUUCCAGGCGAUGCUGAAUAAACUGGCGAAUGGAGACAAGACGUCAGACAGACAGAAAGAUAGUUCGAAGCUGGUCGAUGAUUCUCCAGCAUCUCCUCCGCCUUUCCCGAUGUUACGCAAUCAAGGUUCGAGAGUCACCAUGAUUCCCCAGGACACUCCUGUCACGUGGGCGUUGAUCCGUGUUCCGAAGCGCCUUCCGUAUUCCAACGUGGAGAACGUCGACAAGAUACCAGCCAACGAUCCACGAAAAGCGAGGGCCAUCGCGAAGCAGUUCGACGCCUUCUCCUCAUUCCUCGGCUCCGGUGGCAGCGGUGUCUCGGAUCCUCGUCUGCGUGCUCAGAGGGAGAAAGCCGUGGAGUCGGUGCGGCCGCAGAAUACGAUGCCUUUCUCGUCUUGGAUGCCGCAGAUAUCGUAA